CGCUGUGGAAGACAGAUGUUAUGGAGUUUAAACCAACAAAAAUCCCUUUGCCGAGGUACUCAGGUGUAGAUAAAGAUAGAUUUCUUCUGGAAAUUUACCCCUUGAGGAAGCCAGCUGUGUUACAAGACCUGGACCUGGGAGUGUGUAGAACACAAUGGACCUUGGAUUAUAUGAGCAAUAAGGGAGGAGAACGUGAAGUAAAGGUCCACGUGUCUGAGACACCACAGCUAGACUUUAUUAAGAAGAAUUUCUUAUACAGAUCACUUCCAUUUGAUGUCUUUAUACAUAGAGCAGCCGAGGAUAAGCACACAGACUUCUUUAUCUCUGAGGAUGAGAAAUACUACCUCCGAUCUUUGGGUGAAGACCCUCGCAAGGAUAUUGCAGACAUCAACAAGCAGUUUCCGGAGCUGGCAGCAGACAUCACGAUUCCUGAAUUUUUUGAGAAAGACCAGUUCUUCUCCAGCGUGUUCCGUAUCAGCUCUCCGGGGCUGCAGCUCUGGACACACUAUGAUGUGAUGGACAAUUUGCUUAUCCAGGUAACAGGAAGAAAAAGAGUUGUCCUGUACAGCCCCCGGGAUGCACCAUUUUUAUAUUUAUCAGGUGACAAGUCUGAGGUAUUAGAUGUAGAUAACCCGGACUUGGCCAAGUAUCCACUUUUCUCUCAAGCAAGGCGUUAUGAGUGCACCUUAGAAGCCGGAGAUGUGUUAUUUAUUCCAGCCCUUUGGUUCCAUAAUACAGUUGCUGAAGAGUUUGGAGUUGGAGUGAAUGUUUUUUGGAAACACCUGCCGUCUGAAUGCUACGAUAAAAGCGACACCUAUGGGAACAAGGACCCCACUGCAGCAUCUAGAGCAAUGCAGAUAUUAGAUCGGGCCCUGAAAACACUGGAUGAACUUCCUGAGGAAUAUAGAGACUUCUAUGCUAGAAGAAUGGCAUUACGGAUACAGUCCAAAUCCUACAGCACCAACUUUCAUUAAAGCUUGUAACGGAGAACAAUAGAUUUUAGUAAAAUAUUAAU